UGACGUCACAUGGCGUAGUGAGGCAGGCAGGUGUGUGAGUGAGAAAGUGUAGUGGUUCAUUGUCUUGCUUGUACUGUACCUGCUGAAUUUUUGUCCCUGCAGAUUUGGGGAAAGACAUGAGAAUGAAAUAGUGGUCUAUAUUCUUAGUGUUUAGACAUAGGAUUUCUCGUGGUAGUGAUAUAUCCUGAAUGCUGCCAUGGGGCUCCUCUUCACCAAAAUCUGGAGCCUGUUUGGGAAUGAGGAACACAAAAUUGUCAUUGUUGGUCUAGACAAUGCAGGAAAAACAACCAUUCUCUAUCAAUUCUUGAUGAAUGAAGUUGUGCAUACAUCCCCUACCAUUGGGUCUAACGUGGAAGAAGUAGUGUGGAAAAAUAUUCAUUUUAUGAUGUGGGAUCUUGGUGGCCAACAAAGUUUGAGGGCUGCAUGGAGUACUUACUACAGUAAUACCGAGUUUGUCAUAGUUGUCAUAGAUUCAACAGAUCGUGAACGCUUAACUGUAACACGAGAAGAGUUGUAUCGCAUGCUCAGUCAUGAAGAUCUUUCAAAGGCAGCUGUACUUAUUUUUGCUAACAAACAAGAUCUUAAAGGAUCUAUGUCUGCAGCAGAAAUCUCAAAACAGCUUGAUCUUACUUCAAUCAAGAAACAGCAAUGGCAUAUUCAAUCUUGCUGUGCACUAACAGGGGAAGGCCUUUAUCAAGGACUGGAAUGGAUUUGCAGUCGUCUCAAAAAGAAGUGAUACGAGUUAUAAAGCAUCUGUAGUUCUUAUGUGCCUUCUGUGUGAAUGCAAGAGUUUCGGUUUGAGGUCUUCCACAAUUGGAGCUUAUGAAAGUGAAAAUAAGAUAUUGCGUGUAUGUAUGUAUGUGCAGUUGUGCUGAACAAUGUGUGAGUGGUUUCAUUUGUUGUAUACAUUUAAGGUGAUAAAUCAAUUUUAUGCUGACAUGUGAUGUAAAUGUCACUAUCCGAGGAAAAGUUGAUAAAAUUGUAGAUACAAUCUGAAGAAUUAUUUGCAACUUUUACUAUCUAGUUCCAAAGUUGCUUCAGUUGAAUUUUUUAUCUAUCAACCUAUGAAGUAACUAUUUCUUUUUUAAAUGGAGUUUGUUUGACUUUUCUUCCCCAAUGAACAUUGGUUUUGGUUAAAUGGUUUAUCUUAAACUACAUUUCAACUUUGUUGCACAUUUUCUCCUCAAGACUUCAAUGUGUUAUAUAUUUCAAACAGUUCAGUCUGUAUUUAAAAGUAAGUGUAAUGUGGUUAUUUAUUUUUUAAUACCAACUGUCUGCACAUAUUAUACCAAUCCCGUAAUGCUCAAGGGAACUUCCUACGGUUAUGACCAUGACCUUGGUCCAUCCAUUUAAAUUUAAUAAGGUGAAUUGAAAUGCUGAGCCUGCAACUCUAAUUAUUUUUUUGGGCCAUAGAACUGUAAAACAUUCCACUUCAGGUUUUGGAAAAAUAAGUUGCAAAUUUUGAGUGUAUAACCAUAUCAAGUAUUGCUUGACAUCUCAUAUUGAUAACACAAAGGCUUAGUUUGAAAUUGUUAUAGGCUGUGAUGUAUUUUGAGUAGGAGUGGGAGAUUUUAGGUAGUACUGAAAGAUUUAAUUCUCUUUUUUGUUCUGGCUUUGGCUGAACCAUUUUCUUAACUUUCCCCAAGUGAUUUUUUAUCUUUGUGCUUCUAUUGAUUUCUUUCCUUAAAUGUUCUUUAUCUGUUUGGUCAAAGCUUUGGAAUUAGUUGAGAGUAAAUGGAAAUAUUCCCUUUCAAAAUCUACACGCUACAUCAGCUACAUUUUAGUUUAGGUUAAUGUUUAUGGUACUUUUCCUUCAGCAUUAUCUUGUUGACACAUCACUAGAAUGGUGAUUUGAUAAACACUAGAACCUAUUAUGAAUUUUCAUUUUACCGUAUUGUAAGCAAUUCAGUUAAAUAUGUAAGAACUUUUAGAUGACUUACCGUAUGUUGUUCUGUUCAGUAGUACUUUUCUUAAAUAGAAAUGGGCAGCUGUUAUUUUUGUCUUGAUUAUUUUUGAAUGCUCAGUUUAGCAUUAAUAAUUUGAAAUUAUCCUGAAGGAUUUUAGUGUGAACUGAAACAUACUGACUUACAUUGAACUGGUAAUCAUCAAAACUUGUAUGUUAUCUUUGUUGGUGUAGUUUUAGGUAAACAUAAAUAGCAGUUCUUCUUCUGAAGGAUUUUUCAUUGCCUACUGGAAACAGAUUUACUUCAGCCCUGACCGCUGCUUGUGCAACCAGGAGGAUGAUACUGAUAAUACUUUCAAAAUCUUCUUUUCUUUAGGUCUCAAAGCCAAACAUUUUUUUUUUCUUUUUCUUUUCAUUUUACUGCCACUCUUUAUCUCUUUACCUGCUCUUGAAUCUUUUCAGACUUUUUUGUAUUAGUGCUUGAUUUAAGUUUAUAGUUUUUGAAACCAGUAAUUUUAGAUGUGUGUUGUAGAUGUCAGCCCUAUGCAGGGGUUAUCUGUGAUGCAUUCUUGUGUACAGUACUGUUGAUGAAUAUGUAAACUUUUAAAAUGCUGCAGGAGAUUGAUUGUUCACCACUGUUCCAUGUCUUGUUUAGGAGAAAUUUUAUUACAGAUGGUCACCUUGACUCAACUCUGUUUCUCAUGUUACCAAUUUUUAUGUCUAGUGAUAGAGAGUUAGAGUUGAUGGGUCCAUUAAAGUGUAUAAAUUACAAAUAAGCAACCUAUGUAAGUUAGGGAUAAGGAUCAGCCUUAUAGCAUGAGAACAGGAAUGCAGCAAUGCCCUCUGACUGAUCCACUGAUGACCAUUUUGUGUCAAACAUACAUGUUUUUGGUAGUUAAAUGACAGUCCCUUCUCCCGUAGUUAGUUAAUGAUAAAAGGUACAAACAAAACAAAAUCUAAAUGUAAUUUUUAAUUACAUGGCUACAGAAAGGCAACAAAUAGAAAUAUCACUAAUUUGCAUGAAAGCAGAUUUUUUCUUUUGUCUCACGAAACUUUUAAGGCCCUCUCAGGCCAAAUGUACUGACAGUGCCAUUUUACAAAGUGUAUGUUUUUCAUGGAUUGAUGAAUGUUACCAGUGGUUACCAGCUACUUUGAAUCCUUAUUAAGUAACUUUUCAGACGACACAAGUCAGAGGAGAGUACUUUGUUUAUAGAGAAAACCUGGAUAUAACAUACUGGGACCUCUGUCUCAAGUGAUUCUUACUGUCCAGGUUUUGCUGUACCUUAACCAGCUCUCACAUUUGUUUUUAUUUUUAUUUAAUGUGGAAGAUUUUGAUGGUCAGACUUAGGAGAUUGCUCCAUUGUCAACGCUUCAACAGAGAAUUCAAAGAAAAUCUUGAAUUUUGCAUUUUUACGGUUGAAUUGUAUUUUUAUAUUACUGGUAUUACAUAAAAAAGUUUCUGGAUUUAACCGUCCUAAUCAGCUGUUCAAAAUCUUACUAUUGACAUGAAAUUUCAAUUUGAAUUGCCUUUUUAUUAUUGCUGUUUCUCUUUGAAUUUAGUUGUGCUUCUUCAAUCUGUUCCACUGCUUCUUACUAUACUACAGAAGGGUUUUGACAAGGUUUUAUUAUUACUGGAAGUUGUUAUGUGAUUGACUUUGGUACAGAAUAUUGUGAUAUGUAUAAAUGAACUUAAAAUAUUCAUCAAUCAAGCCAAUUUAUAAUUUCUCUCUAUGCCUAGGGAGAUUUGUAUCUUAUAUUUGCUCUCAGAGACUAAGCUCAUUAAACACUAUAUGAAUAUGAUACUAUUUGUGUCACAUAACUAAAUGAAUUAAUUAGGGAAUUUCUCACAUUGAGAAACUGUACUUUCCGUUGAAAUAUUCUUUUGUUUUACGCUCCAAAGAAUUAUUUAGAAGCCUUAAUUCAGUUUUUCAACAAUCCAAUUUUGUGUGUUCAAAUCCUGUGAAAAUUUAGUUUACUUGUAACAACUUUUGAUUACUUUGCUUUGCUAUCAAAUCGUUUUUGUUUAAAUUCUCAUCAUCAGAACAAUUUGGACCUUGGCUAAAAUUAAGAUUCUCUGAUCGAUUUUGUGUAACACUAUUGUCAAUAAAGAUUAUCUUUUAAAUAAUA